UCCGGGGCGGUGCGGGCGGGCCGUGCCGGGGCCGUGCCGGGGCCUGUCGCCGGAGCGCGGCCAUGGCCACCCUCCUGCGGCGGGGCGCCGCCGCCGCCCGCCGCCGCCUCCUGCUGCGCCCCGCGCCGCUCGCCCCGGGGGCGGUGAGGGCCGCCAGCCGGGCCCUGCCCGCCGCCCUGGUGCGCCGGGGAGGCCUGGUGGGCGGCCGAUGGGUGGAGACGGCCGCCGCUUUCCCCGUGCAGGACCCGGCCAGCGGCGAGGAGCUGGGCCGGGUGUCCGACUGCGGGGUGGCCGAGGCGCGGGCGGCUGUGCGGGCCGCGCACGAAGCCGGCUCCGCCUGGGGCCGCCUCCCCGCCAAGGAGAGGAGCGCGCGUCUCCGCAGAUGGUACGAGCUGAUGAUGGAGAACAAGGAGGAGCUGGCCCGGAUCAUCACAGCCGAGAACGGGAAGCCUCUGAAAGAAGCACAGGGUGAAAUCGUGUAUUCAGCCUCGUUUCUGGAGUGGUUUGCGGAGGAGGCUCGACGGAUUUAUGGUGAUAUUAUUCCAGCAUCUGCAAAAGACAGAAGAGUCCUGGUGCUGAAGCAGCCAGUAGGAGUGGCAGCCAUUAUAACCCCAUGGAACUUUCCCAGCGCUAUGAUUACCCGGAAGGUUGGUGCAGCUCUGGCAGCUGGCUGUACAGUGGUGGUGAAACCUGCAGAGGACACACCUUUAUCAGCAUUAGCUCUUGGGGAGCUUGCAAACCAGGCUGGAAUCCCAGCAGGAGUGUAUAAUGUUGUCCCUUGUUCCAGACAACAGACGGCAGCUGUAGGGGAAGUUCUAUGCACUGAUCCAUUGGUAUCCAAAAUAUCUUUUACUGGCUCUACAGCAACAGGAAAGAUCUUGCUGAAGCACGCAGCUGGCACUGUGAAGAGAGUUUCCAUGGAGCUUGGAGGACAUGCUCCCUUUAUUGUGUUUGACAGCGCCAAUGUGGACCGGGCCGUCGCAGGAGCCCUUGCUUCCAAGUAUAGAAACUCAGGACAGACUUGUGUUUGCACAAACCGUUUCCUGGUGCAAAAGGGAAUUCAUGAUGAAUUUGUGGAAAAGUUUGCCAAAGCUAUAGAGAAAGAACUACAUGUUGGAAAUGGAUUUGAUGCAAAAACUACCCAAGGACCACUAAUAAAUGAAAAAGCAGUGGAGAAGGUAGAGAAACACAUUAAAGAUGCAGUUUCACAAGGAGCAUCUAUUGUGACUGGAGGGAAGCGACACAGCUUGGGGAAGAAUUUCUUUGAGCCAACAUUACUUAGUAAUGUUACAACAAAAAUGCUUUGCACCCAAGAGGAGACAUUUGGCCCUUUAGCACCAGUUAUCAGAUUUGAGACUGAAGCAGAAGCUGUUGCUAUAGCAAAUGCAGCUAACGUGGGUUUAGCAGGAUACUUCUACUCCCAGGAUCCAGCUCAGAUCUGGAGAGUUGCAGAACAGCUGGAAGUUGGAAUGGUUGGUGUUAAUGAAGGCAUAAUCUCAUCAGUGGAGUGUCCUUUUGGUGGGGUAAAGGAGUCUGGCUUAGGGCGAGAAGGUUCAAAAUACGGCAUCGAUGAAUACUUGGAAAUCAAAUAUGUCUGCCUUGGGGGAUUAUAGAAGCCUUCAAACAGCACAGUCCCCACAACCUGGGAAAGAGUGCUGUUGUUUUGAUAAGCUUCUUGAGCCAGAAAUAUGUAUGAAUGCAACUUCUACCUUUAGAACUAAUCAACUCUGUCCUGUGUGUGUAUAGAGGUACCUACAGUAUUCUAGGCUGCCAAAUGUUUUUACAUGGUCUUUGUUUAUACAUCAAGUUUUUCAGCAAUGUGAUCACAAUGUCUAGUAUUUUUAGUAAUGAGUAGGAAUGUACAUUUAUUGUUCUUGGAUUACCCCUGUGUAACUGGGAGAACUUUGAGACUUGUGCACAAUGAAAACAGAUUGCAAGCUAUUGUAAGGGAAACUAGACCAUCAUUUUUUCUACCUUUAGUAUUUCAGUGUGGAUAAGGGUGGGUUUGGGAUGGCAGCCUCCUUUUAGAAUUUUGUGUAAAUACUCACACUUUCUAAUGUGGUUAUGGGACCUCCUUUAGAAGCAAGUGUGUGGAGGAGUUUUUUGUUGGUGGGGUUUUUUGUUUGUUUGGGGUUGGUUUUGUUUUUGUUUUUAAAUUGUGGGAGAAUCUGCUGCUUACAAAAGGUGAGGAAUUGUUUUGUGCCGUAUCUAGGCAUCCACAUAGGCUAACAGACAGCUUUUUCAGCACUGUUAAUGCUGACUGCAGGGGUGCUGCCUGUUCAGCUUUAGGUUUUUGAGCAAAGAGGUGUACUUUGUGCCCAACAGCUUGUAUGUCUAGGAUAAAAUAUAGCCCUUGUUUGAUGCCUGUUACCCCAGCAGUCCUGGGAACAGGACAGUCCAGGACAAAGAAUUGCUAUCUAAGUGAGAAGCCAGGAGGAAGAUAAGAUACUCACAGGGACAACUUGCAGAAUUGUAAAGGAUAUGUGAAGAAAGCACAAGUGGUGACAUGAUGAUACAGAUAAAUUCCCUCCCUUCCAUGAAAAGACCAUGACUCUCCUAGGGUAGAAGUACAGUCCCUGAUGUAAAUAUUACUCAGUGUCUAAAGGAACAUAACUCGCCCCCUUCAAAGAAUAGGAGCAGGUAUCCAUCCCUAUGGGCUUUGUGUCUUGAAGUGAUUUGUGGUUACACAGGUGAAGAACACGGCUCAUUUGUGAUGUAAUAAAGAUUUAAAUAGGUGGUUAGAGGUGAGGCUUUGAUACAUCACCUCACUAUUCUGUCAUCUUCAAAAGAUGAUGUAAGGCUUCCUUAGUAUGAAACAAACAAUGUUGUUUAAACAUUAUUUUAAUGGCAGUCAAACAAAACACUUUAAAAAAUAUGCUAUGUUAAUUUGGUGAAUAAAUCAGCAUGGCAGAAAUUAAGUGGAAUAAAUUUUGUUUCUUGUGUUCAUUAUUAAAAAUAAAUAAAGGAAGGCAAUGGAGUCCUUCUUUCUAUAAAGCAAUGAAUGUACCCUAUGAAAUGAAAUAUUUUAAAAUAUUUUAUCCCAUCGGGCAAAGAGGUACCAUGUAACACAAUACUUGGGGAGGGAAGGAAAGCAAGCUGGAACCAAGUUUCACAGGGUUUUUGUUUAAAGCGCACAUUAAGUAGCAUUGACUGCUACUCCUUAUUUUUAAAUAUUUUUUUAUGGUUGUGUUUGUGUAGAAGUUGAGACCAGAUGGGUCUGGAGCACAUUAUCUGUCAGUACUGUGUGCAUCAUGCCAACUGAAGAGCAGCUAAAGGGCAUUUACUGCCCUUCCAGUAAUUCCCAAGGCACCAAACCCACAUAGUUGUGAUAGUCGGGACUUGGUACUGUUAUUUGUGCUUGUUGUCAAGAACACAAAAAGGAUGGCCUCUUUCUACACUAGUUGCAAGAAACUUUCCUAUAACCAACUUCUAAGAUUACACUGUUGAGCACACAGGCUGCCUGAAUUUGGGAAAUACAGAGUUGUGGGAGAAAGCUGUUUGCCAGCCUCAGCUACCAAUGUGUUUAGUAUUUAUUGGAAAAAACAACUCGGUCAAAGAAGGUCAUGCUUUGAUUUUCAGCUUCCACAACACAAUGAUGCAGGCAUAGUUACAGGUAUUGUACACAGGUAGAAUAUCUGCCACUGGAAUUCAAUUAUGUCUGCCUGUGAACUACAAUAUAAGGUCAAAAUUAAAAUCAUCUUAUUUACAGCUGUAUGACAGUGUAGUAUUUAAUGUGAAUGUAUUUCUUGGGACAGUGCAGUUGGAGGAUAAACUGGGUUUGCUCUCUUCACUGCAAAGUUACUGAUCUGAUGCAUUGAUACAUUUAAAAUCUUAAUGUCUUUUCUGAUAAUAGCACUUCUAGUGAGUUUACUUUUUUUUAGCAAUGCCUGAUAACAAGCACAAACAAUAAUUAAUGUUUAUAAGAAACUUAAAAAUACCUUUGUCUGGCUUGGAUUGGGUUGGAUUCCAGCAUAAUAUCCUCAUGUCAGUAAAGUCUACAUCAGUUAAGCACAGAAUAAUCAAAGUUGUCUUCCUAGCAAAAGCCGGGAUUCUUCAACAGAAGACUUACUUGAAUUCUCACACCACAGUUGUGUUGAUUGCACUUGUGAUAGUUUAGCAAUUUCUGGAUAUUAAAACUGUGAUUAAAAAAUGUUUUCAGUUAAUAAAUAACUUCUGUGAAAGCA